UAAUUAUUUUAAAUUGCAAUGAAGCAGAGAAUAGGUGGUAAUAGUUUAAAUCAGAAAGAGAAUGAGAAAUGCAUUGGGAAUCAAUAUGCAUUAAAACACAGACCAGGAUUGUAAUAGGAAUUAUUGAUGAACCUAAAGAAUCAACAACUAAGAAAUUUAGAUGCUAUAAGUCAAAUUUUGCAAUCUAAAUUUUGUAAAGUAGAGAAACGAGAUAAUGUUGAAUAUUUUAAAUUUGAUUUCAAAUAAGAGAAUAUAUGUGAUAGAGUGAAGUUCCUAAUAAAUUAGACAGAUGAUGAUACGAAUAAAACCGAGAAAUUCAAAGCAUAAUAUAAAGUUGGCAGUCGUAUAGGUUAAGGUGCUUAUGCAACAGUUAGAGUUGCAAUAUAGAUAGAGAGUGAUACAAAAGUGGCAAUUAAGAUAUAUGAGAAAACAAAGAUUAAAGAUUUAUAGAGAAGAAAAGGAGUAAGGAGAGAGAUUGAAAUCUUAGAAAAAUUAGAUCAUCCAAAUAUAGUUAAAAUAUUAGAUACUGUAGAAUCAAAUAAUCAUGUUAAUAUAAUAUUAGAAUAUGUAAGUGGUAGUUCAUUACAUCAUUUAGUUAGAAAGCAGCCGGUACAAAAAUAUAUCUAAUAUUUUAGGAAAGAAGAUUAGAAGAAGAAAUUGCCAAAGGAAUAUUUAGAUAGAUUCUAGAUGCAAUAUAAUAUUGUCAUUCUAAAAACAUUGCACAUAGAGAUAUCAAAUUAGAAAAUAUAUUAUUAGAAGGGUUAACUCCUAAAUUAAUAGAUUUUGGAUUCUCUACAUCUUUUCCAAUAGAUAAAAGAGUCAAAAUGUUUUGUGGUACUCCCAGUUAUAUGUCACCUGAAAUAGUAACAAGAUAAGAAUAUAGAGGAGAUAAAUCUGAUGUCUGGGCAUUAGGAGUACUCUUAUUCACAAUGCUUUAAGGUGUAUUUCCAUUUAAAGGAGACACUGAUUCAGAAUUAUAUACUAGAAUUUAAUCAGGAGAAUUUACUAUUAUUCAUGAUAUAUCUAAAGAAGCUAUUGCAUUAUUAUAUGGAAUGUUAACUAUUGAUCCAAAUGAAAGACCUAGUGUUUAAGAAUUGCUUAAUUAUCCUUGGUUUUUUAAAUAUUAAAUUCCUCAUUUCAAUAAUGAUAAUGAACAACUCAAAAAAAAACAUAAAUUACCUGAUGAUUUAAUAGAGGAUCUUAAUACUAUAACUAAAAAUAUGUCUUAUAUUACUCCUACUAGUUAAAUUAAAUAAUAAUUCUAUUUUGAUUUUUCAUUACUUAAAAAUAAUACAAAACAAAUUAAUACUAAAGUAUUUUUAACAUUUAUUAUCUUAGGCUAUUAUUCCUAAACCCACUUAUUUUACUACUACUAAUGCUUAAACUAAACUUAAAGAACCUUAAUUUUUUAAAGUUGAUAAAAUUCUUAGUAAAAAUGAUAGACACACUACAACACAUUCUAAAGAAAGAUAACCUACAUUAUCUAAAGAAAGAUAAUCAUCAUAUAGUUUUGAAUCUAGUAAAGGCUUAUCUUAAAAGAAGAAUCCUCAUUAAUUAACUGUUCAUCCUAGUUUUAUUCCAAGUGAAAAAAGUUUCAAUUCUACCAAAAGUCCAUCUAUUGGUAUCACUGAAAAACGUUCUUUCAAUUUUUUUUAUAAUUGA